AAUGCCCUACACUUUACAGCUCACGCCAAACAUAAAAGGCUUAUCAAAUUCUCCGAGUAACACAUUAAAGUGUUAAUUCCCAUUUUUUUCUCUCACAAACCAUAUACUAUAUAUAUAUAUAUAUAUAUGCACUCCUCUCAAUAACUUACUCAUUUCUUCAUCGCUCAUUUGAAUUACACCGCUUCUCAUAGAAAAGAUAAUUAUUAUUAUUAUUAUUAAUAUUAUGAAGGAAGAGUUUGUUGUGCAAGAAGAGUACGUUUCAGGAGAAGAGAGGAAUCUGACGGUGCUGAAAACUUCACGGUUCUUUGCUGGCGAUGGCUUCACCGUCUAUGAUUGCAAGGGCCAACUCGUUUUCCGAGUUGACUCUUACGGUCCCGAUGCACGUGACAAGGAUGAGCUCGUUCUCAUGGAUCCACAAGGUCGAUGUCUUCUCACCGUAAAACGAAAGAGGCCCAGUCUUCAUCAACGGUGGGAAGGUUUCAAAGGAGAAAGAAUCGACGGUGAUAAAGCAUUGUUCAGUAUGAAGAGAACAUCUUUAAUCGGACGGUCACGAGCGAGUGUUAUAGUGGAGGUAUACGAUAAGCCCGGUGUGGAGUAUCACAUCGAAGGUUGCUUUUCGCAGCGUUGUUGCAAGAUCUAUAACGCAGCGAAGAAAUUAAUGGCUGAGAUUCGUCGAAAGGUGGACUCCACCACAAGUGUAAUGCUUGGGAAAGAAGUCUUCUCGCUUUGCGUUAAGCCUGGAUUUGAUGGUGCACUUGCCAUGGGAUUGGUCUUGGUCCUUGAUCAGAUCAACGGUGAGAAUUACUUUGAAAGUGGAACCACGGAGUCUCCGGUGCACCCUACUACAGAAGAUUAAGAAUUUGCAUUUUCUCUCCUUUUCUUUUUAAAAAAAAAAAAAUAUUUGUGUUUGAUGUAAUUGACUAAUCUUUUUUUGAGGUGUACCUUUUAAUGAGUUCCACCUUUGCCAUCUUGUAAAUUUAAAUUUUAUGUGAAAAGGAAAUAAAGAUGAAAUAUACUUGUAUCAAACUUUUUAGUCAAAAGCAUGAAUAUUUUAAUAUUUUCUAAAAAAUAGUCUUGGAUUCAAGUUUUAAGAAUAUAUACAACAUAUUAGAUGUUAAUCUAUUUCCAUUUAGAUAGUGAUAUGUGAACCUUUUUAUAUGUGAAGCUAUCUAUGUCACCACUUAAUUUUAGAAUUGCAUUAAAUCUUACCAUGAUAAGAAUUGAUUUAAACCAUCUUUUAUGGGUUUAGUUAAAUUGUAUUGUUGUGCUUAAUUCAGGUGUUAAAUAUAAAAAAAAUUUGUUCGAAAGCUAAAA